AUGGCCGAUGAAACCACCCCUGCUCUCCCCCUUCCUGCCUGCGGGCCCGUCCACCCUGGCGUGCAGCGCCAUCCCCCAGGUUUCUUCCAAGUCGACUACGACGACGCCGACGAGCCCCGAUACGCACACAUCGAAGACGAAGCGGAAGAGCAACAGUUCGAAUACGGAUACGGAUACGAAUACGAAUACGCGGCCGAGGACGAGGCGGAACUGCUUGAAGACGAAUUAGCCGCGAUGAAGACGAUGUUCCUGCCCAUGCGCGCGACGACGCUCGCGCGCGCGGUGUCGCGGCGGGACAUAUUCCUGCUCGCGAUAGGCGCGGCGUCGACGUACCUGCUCUCGACGUGGCUCCUCGUCCCCGAUAGCAUCACCGUGCACACGCAUUUCACGCAGUAUCCCGCCGCCCCUGAGCUCGAUCGGGAUCCAAACCUCCCGAUUCAGGUGACGACGACUACUGCGACUGCUACUGCUACUGCUACUAGUAUAACGACUGCGACUGCUACGGCGACGAAUAUGGUCACGGUGGUGACGACCCGCCAUGCCACCAAGACGGUGCGCCUGAAGCAGGUGAAGACGGCUACUGUCACCGCGACGGUCACCGAGACUCUAGGCUCUCCCGAGGCCACGCACAUUCCAAUCGACCAAGCGGCCGUUAUCCCAGAGACGACGAUCGUGCAGCACGCGCCCGGGUGGACGGUUUUCCGGAACCUGUACAUGGCGCACGGGACGCUGUACGUCGUCACGGCCGAUCGGGAGGCGUUCCCGUCGAUCGGGCGGAUGACGAGUACGGGGAUCGAGGCGAAGAAUCCGAAUAAUAUCGAGGAGAGGGAGGCGACGCCGGGGGAUAUGGAUUUCCUGACGCCGGAGCAGGCGAAGGACCUCUGGGGGCCCGAUUCUGCCAUUGGCGAGACGGCGAAUCGGAUAGUGUCUAUUGAGGGGAAUACGUGGCUGCUCAAUGAUCCGCACCAAUUCCUGCGGCAUUACUACCACCUGGUUGCAGAGCUUCUUUUUGGUGCGUGGGCAAUGUGGACGGGGUCGUUCACCGCGCCGUCCCAGGACGCGGCGUUCCAGUACGCCUCCACCUCCGCCUACCCGCCCCCGCCCCCCGUCGACCGCAUCAUCUUCGCGCACUCCAACGCCGACGGCUGGCGCGACUCCCCGGGCUUCGACGCCUACUUCAUCCGCGCGGCGCUCCCCUCCACCACCAUCGAGCACGCCGAGGACUGGUUCGACCGCAUCGCCCUGAGCACGACCAACACGUCGCGCGACGACGCCUACAGCGCGGCGCACCAGCGGGCGUGGCACCUCCCGGUGGUGAUGCUCGUGGACCGCACGGCGGCGUUCCACGGGGAGGUGUGCGGGAGCCGCACGCAGCGCACGGCGGCGGAGGCGUGGGAGGCGGUGCGGGCGCGCGGGCAGCUGCCGGGGAUCAGGGUCGGCGGGUGGUGGGGCCCGGUGCGCGAGGCGGUGUGGACGCUUGCGGGCGUGCAGCUGGACGAGUUUCUGCGGCCUGCGGCGAAGCAGGGUGCGCUCGCGGAGGCGCUGCGCGUCGGGGGACCGGGGGCGGACGAGGCGAAGGUGCUGGAGGCGACGCAGCUGCCUGUGCCUGAGACGAUUGUGAUCACGUAUAUCAGUAGGCAGCGGGGCAGUCGGCGGAAGCUGGUCGAGGAGAACCAUGAGGGGCUGGUUGAUGCGCUGAUGGAGCUGGUCGAGAGGAAGGGGAGGGGGUGGGAGUUCCAGCCGUUGGAGGCGGAGGGGAUGACGAAGGACCAGCAAGUAAGGGCGGUGUCGAGGAGCACGAUCCUGCUAGGCGUGCAUGGGAAUGGACUCACCCACCUCGUCUUGAUGCCCCCAUCACGGCUGUCUACGGUCAUCGAGAUAUUCUACCCUACUGGGUUCGCCCACGAUUACCAGUGGACGGCCACCGCGCUCGGCAUGGCCCAUUUCACGGUCUGGAACGACACAUAUCACUCCUCUGCGGAUAAGCCCGACGUGAACUACCCGGAGGGGUUCCAGGGCAACCAGAUACCAGUCCACGGGCCUACGAUCGCGAAACUCAUCGAAGACCGCGUCGAAGGCCGAGUUUAA